GACUGGUGGAAAUCUCAUCUCUCUGCUGCUCUGCUCUGCUCAGAGCUGAGCUGUGGUGGCUGUCGGUGUUUCCAGGUGCUUUGAGGCCACGCUGCUGCAUGUGAGUCCUUCUGUGGGGAUGGGAGCUCGGAUUUAAGCCCCCCCAGUUGUGUUUGAUGAUGGAGGUGGGUUUUUUUUUUUCCCCCUUUCCCAGCAGAAAAGCAGAUUUCUCAGCAUGUUGAAGCCUUCCUAAUGCCUGCUGCCUCCUCUGCCCUCGUUAGAUGUAAGAGAUGUGUGCUGCUGGGUGGUGGAAGGCAGGCAGGCUGUGCCUUCAGCGCCGUGUUAAUUAGACCCAGAAAUGUGCCUGAGAAUGGACAGCGUGGGUCUCAGGCCUUGAGAGUCAUCAGUGGUGGUCUGCAGACCCCCCAGAAAUGCCUGUAGACCCCUAAAAAUGCCUGUGGAUCCCCCAGAAAUGUACAUAGACCCCCCUCACUUCCGCUAUGUAGACCCUAAAAAUGUGGGUAUUGGGUUUGAAGCCCUGAAGGCCAUCGGUGCUGGGCUGUAGACCCCAGAAACGUCUGUGGAUCCCCAUCAGCUCUGAUCUGUGGACCCCAGAAAUGUACAGCGUGGGUUUGAAGCACUGAAAGCCAUUGGUGCUGAUCUAUGGACUCCAAAAAUGUCUGUAGUUCCUCAUCAUUUCUGCUCUGUAGUCCCCAGGAAUGUCAGUAGACCCCCAUCCGUUCUGAUCUGUAGAUCCCAAGGCUGUGCAGUGUGGGUUUUCAGCCCUGAAGGCCAUCAGCUCUUAUCUGUAGACCCCAAAAAACGUCUGUAGACCCCAAAAAUGUACAGCAUGGGUUUGAAGCCCUGAAAGUCAUCGGUGUUGCUCGGUAGACCCCCAUCCAUUUUGCUUUGUAGAUCCUAAGGCUGUAUGAUGUGGGUUUUCAGCCCUGAAAGCCAUCAGCUCUGAUCUGUAGACCCCAAAAAUGUGCAGCAUGGGUUUGAAGCCCCGAAUGCCAUCAGUGCUGGGCUGUGGACCCCCAUCAGUUCUCAUCUGUAGACCCCAGUGUGGGUUUUCAGCCCUGAAAGCCAUCAGCUCUGGUCUGUAGACCCCCAAACCAUGCCUAAGGAUGUGCAGCAUGGAUUUGAAGCCCCAAAGGCCAUUGGUGCUGGGCUGCGGACCCCAAGCAGUGUCUGUGACCCCCAGCAGUGCUCAGUGCGGUCCUCCAGCCCUAUGGGCCAUCAGUGCUGUGGCACAGCUGCCUUGCAGGACGGAGCUGUGCCGUUUUGGUGUCUCCUGAACCAUUUUCCUCCCAAGUGUGAACACCAGGCAGGCGUCAGACCCGAGCGUGGAGAGGCGGUUUGGAGCCAUAUGUCUGUUUUCUCAGUUGAAGAGCAACAGCAGCAGAAAUGUCAGGGCUUCUUCUAAUUAACCUAGUAAUGAUGAGGCUCCUGUCAAUUCCCUUAUUUAAAAUUCAUUUAAAGCUCGCCUAUUGCAUCGCUCCAGUCAAUGCAGGGAAGCUCUUCUUUGAAGGUGAGAGCACGUUUCUCUCUCUAUUUUUUCCCCCCUUUAAUAGAUGUGUUCUGUUCAGCCACGUUGGUGCCCAGCUCAGCCCAUGCCAGGGGACUGCAGCCAGCUCGAAACGUUGGGACUCUUGUUUCUAACUUUAAAUCUCCCCGUAUAAUUUUUAGUUUCUGGAUGACUUGUGUGCAAGUGCUUUUUUUUUUUUUUUCACAGUGCUUUGCAGCUAAUUUUAACUCUGUUUCAUUUAGCAGCAGUGGGUCAGUAGAUUUCAGAAGCUCCAGCAGGGAACAGAAGAGGGGAAGGGAUGGGGAGGCAGCAAAAUGCAGGAAAGGAUUUGAGAUGGCAGCACUGUGGCUGCAAUGCUGAGCUUUAAGGACUCUUCUAACCCAACCAUCUCAUGCUUCUAUGAUCUUUAACCCAACCAUCCCAUGUUCUGUCAUCUUUAAGGACCUUUCCAGCCCAACCAUCCCAUGUUUCUGUGUUCUUUAAGGACCUUUCCGACCCAACCGUCCUGUGGUUCUAUGGUCUUUAAGGACCUUUCCAACCUAACCAGCUGUGGUUCUAUGGUCUUUAAGGACCUUUCCGACCCAACCAUCCUGUGGUUCUCUGAUCGUUAUGGUCCUUUCCAACCCAACCAUCCCGUGCUUAUGUGAUCUUUAAGGACCUUUCCAGGCCAACCAUCCCAUGGUUCUGUGAUCUUUAUGGUCCUUUCCAACCUAACCAUCCCAUGGUUCUGUGAUCUUUAAGGACCCUUCCAACUCAAUGAUCUCAUGGUUCUGUGAUCUUUCAGGACCCUCUCACCAACCCAAUGCAUUCUGUGAUCCUCUCAUCUCUAAGAUCCAUUCUCGGGGUCCCAUGGUCAAAUGAGGAGAGCACAGAGACCCAGAACUGCCAUCCCCCCCCUCCCCACAGGAGCCAGGGGCUGCACGGAGAUGGAAUCCAUUGCAGCUGCAGAGUUCUGGGGGGGCUCAGGAAUGGGGGAUCACUGCUAGCAAUGCAAACUGUUGAACAGCAGCUCACCAUCGCUGCAGAAAUCUGCUCAAUACGUGGGUGGGUAUUGGCACUUUUACCAAUCAUUGCCUUCAGGUUAAUUACCUUAAUACAUCCCGGUCAGGUGGAGUGCUUUGUGAUGAGAGAACGUCAUCUUGCAUUGCACACCUCCAGGAGAUGUGGGGAGCAGUGCUGCUAAAGGCAUUUGGCACCGUUAUGAGGUUGUCCACAUGUCCAUGCUUACUGGUUCCAGGUAUCCCAGAGCCCAGCGGGUGUUGGGAGGGCUGGGAUGGAGCUGAGUUGUGCUGGGGGGGAGCACUGUGGUGGUUCUGCUGUGUUAUUGGGAAUGCAGUCCUGCAGGAGGAGGGCACGGCUCCCAUCGUGGGGACCCACAGCUCCCAUCACAGGGACCCACAGCUCCAUGCUGGGCCGGUUCCAGCCCUCCUGGAGCAGACGUGGCUCCUGCAGCACCAUCCCACAGCUCAUCCCAGAGCAUUCCGACCGCUCUGAGCUGCUCCUUUGUUUUCCUCUGCCCUUUGAUGAGGUGGGUGGUGUGUUUUGCUGGAUGGGAGCUUUCCUUCCCCAGAGGAGGAAUGCUGUUGGCAUGGGAAGUUCUUUGCUUGGCUCACGUCUCCUCCUGCUCCACCUCUGCUGCUCCCGGAGCCCCAUGGAGGUAUGAGAAAUGGGGAUCUGUGCUUGUCUGUAUUCCAACCCCAUCCAUGGGGAGAGAGCGCUACUGAUGGGAGAAGGAUUUUCCCUUCUGGUGAACCAGACCUGAAAUGUGGGGCAUGGCCGGGCUGCCCUGUGCUUUGCUGCAGUCCCCCCUGUGCAGCUGCAGCUGCUGGCUUGGGGAAGAGCAGAGCUGGGGUCAGGAUGCCAUCCCAAAAUGCACCCUAGCGACCUGCCAGGACCUGGAAGGGCCUUGGUGGGAGGUGCAGCACACACAUGCUAUGGUCUUAAUUGGCUCUGGUGAUGCUGCUCUCCGUAGCCCAGCGUGCAAAUGUGUUAAGGAAGAGCUCGUGGCCUAUAGGGGGAACAACACGGGGUGAAAUGGGGCUGCAGAGCCCUCCUGGGAUGGAAGGUGGGCUCUGCACGCAGCAGAUGGGGCUCUUCCUGCUGGGUUUGUUUGUUUUCAGCUCUGCCAACAAAACCCAGAGGGUGCAGCAGUGCCUCUGCUGGAGGUCCUGAGAGGACGCUCCGUUCUGGGGCAGGUAGGAAAUGGAGAGGAGUUUCUGCAGGCAGCUCCAUUGGAGCACUGAGGGGAUUUAUGUGCCUUUGAGAUCUGGAAGUGCAGCUGCUGCAGCCCACAUCUCUGCUUCGGAAAGGAGAGCAGCAGGAACAGCUCGGUUUGGCUGUGCCCAAAUGGAGUUGCAAAGAGUCUGCGUGGUGGGACGUGUUCCUUCAGCAGCUUUAAUUCCUACCCCGAGCUUUUGAUAAAGCAACCAAGGAGCUGCUUGAAGGCACCGUUUCCUUGUGAGCAGACACGAAGGCAGGAAUGUGCCCUGUCUGCUCUUUCCUCCCCGUGGUUUCCAUUAAGGCUCCAUGAGAGCCAACCUUUGUUCCCUGGGCACAGAGCUGCCCUUCCUGCACUCAGAGCUCGGGGGGAAUUUCCUUCCAUUCAUCCUGUGAUUCCAAAGCAUCCCUUUAAGAGCUGAGCAGGUGCGAUGCUCUCAGGACAGUGCAUUCCUGGGGUCUGUCCCGUGUCCCUUUCCUCGCUGUGUUUCCAUAUGAUGCUUUGGAAGCCAUCUCACCCCUCUGUGUUUCCCUGCACCGCGGCCGCUCAGCCGCUCGCAGCAGCAGCAGCUGGCAGACAAAGAGCACAACCAGGCAGAAUGGAGUCCUAAUGCAAUCAGCCUAACUGAUUUACCACUCACAUGAGGGAUAAUGGGCGUCUUCCUCCCAAACAGCCCCCAGGUUGGUGUGGAGCUGCUUGUUUCCCCCCCCCUCCCCCCCCAGCGCUCCACUCCACUGCAGCCAGGAACGAAGCAACUCUCAGUGCUGUCCCUGUUGCUGGGUGCUCAUUAAACCCACUAAUUGCACGACGGAGGGCUUUGCACACCCCUCUGCCCCACGCUGGCUUCUGUGCACGUCCUUUGAGCGCAGCUGUCGGGCUGGGGAAGAGUUAACCCUGCUGUUGUGUCUCCAAACCCUCCCCACGUGAGCGAGUGUUUGCAGCGGGUGAGUACAUGUUGCAGGCUCCCUCCGGGGAGGCUGAGAUCUGAUGAGAGCCGGAGCAAAUCCUGCAAGCCCCACCCUUCUCCUCCACAUUGUUGUCUUGGCCCUUUGUUUGCAGGGAUGGGGCUUUGCUUGCAGGUUUUUGGCACAGCGCGAGAGCCGAAAGCGGGGCUGGAAAGGUGGGGGCCCAUCCUGGGGCUUCUUCGCUCUGCACCCAAACGAUGCUCGUGGUGAGCAGGCAGGAGGGCAGGGAUGUGUGUGACCCAAAGCUGCGUCUCACACCAGGAAGGGAGUUCCUAAAGGAGCCCCUGAGCUGUCUGGGUGGAGCACGCUCGGCUCGCAGCGCCGGUUUGAGUGGCGCUGGGGUUGGCGUGGGCCAAACAUCCUUGCGGGGCUGUUGGGUCGGCUCUGGUGGUGGCUGUGAGGAGGGCUGGCAGCACCUGCUGGGAAGGCUCUGAUUGCGUUUCGUUCUGCUUUGUGGGCUCUCACCCAUGGACCAUCAAACAUGAGCCCCUCCACCACCAGCUAGGCCUGCACCUCCCAGGCAUUGAGCUCUGACAUGUCUGUGCUCUGACUGCAAGCAAGCCAACUCCACCUGCGAGACGGACGGCGCCUGCAUGGUGUCCGUCUUCAACCUGGAUGGGGUGAAGCACCACGUGCGGACCUGCAUCCCCGAAGCCAAACUGAUCCCUGCUGGGAAACCCUUCUACUGCCUGAGCUCCGAGGACCUGCGGAACACCCACUGCUGCUACUCUGAUUUUUGCAACAAGAUCGAUUUAAUGGUUCCCAGCGGACACCUGAAGGACAACGAGCCCCCAUCAAGCUGGGGUCCGGUGGAGCUGGUGGCAGUGAUUGCUGGGCCCGUCUUCCUCGUCUUCGUGGUCGUCAUCAUUGUUGUCUUCGUGUUUCAUCACCACCAGCGCGUCUAUCACAACCGGCAGCGGCUGGACAUGGAGGACCCCUCUUGUGAAAUGUGCCUGUCGAAGGACAAGACGCUGCAAGAUCUCGUCUACGAUCUCUCCACCUCUGGCUCUGGCUCAGGUUUGCCACUUUUUGUGCAGCGGACCGUGGCUCGGACGAUCGUCCUGCAGGAGAUCAUUGGGAAGGGCCGCUUUGGGGAGGUGUGGCGCGGCCGAUGGCGCGGAGGUGACGUGGCUGUGAAGAUCUUCUCUUCCCGUGAGGAACGUUCCUGGUUCAGGGAAGCAGAAAUCUACCAAACCGUUAUGCUGCGACAUGAGAACAUCCUGGGCUUCAUUGCUGCAGACAACAAAGACAACGGGACGUGGACACAGCUGUGGCUCGUCUCCGAUUACCACGAGCACGGAUCUCUCUUUGACUACCUGAACCGCUACACAGUGACCAUAGAGGGGAUGAUCAAGCUUGCUCUGUCUGCUGCCAGCGGGCUGGCCCACCUGCACAUGGAGAUCGUGGGUACUCAGGGAAAGCCUGGGAUUGCUCACAGAGACCUGAAAUCCAAGAACAUCUUGGUGAAGAAGAAUGGCACGUGUGCCAUUGCUGACCUGGGGCUCGCUGUGCGCCACGACUCCGUCACGGACACCAUUGACAUCGCCCCGAACCAAAGGGUUGGAACCAAACGAUACAUGGCUCCCGAGGUCCUGGAUGAAACCAUCAACAUGAAGCACUUUGAUUCAUUUAAGUGUGCUGAUAUCUACGCCCUGGGUUUGGUCUACUGGGAGAUCGCUCGCAGGUGCAACGCAGGAGGGAUCCACGAGGAGUAUCAGCUGCCAUACUACGACCUGGUGCCCUCUGACCCUUCCAUCGAGGAGAUGCGGAAGGUGGUGUGCGAUCAGAAGCUGCGGCCGAACAUCCCCAACUGGUGGCAGAGCUACGAGGCGCUGCGGGUGAUGGGUAAGAUGAUGAGGGAGUGUUGGUACGCCAACGGAGCGGCUCGCCUCACCGCCCUGCGCAUUAAGAAGACCCUCUCACAGCUCAGCGUCCAGGAAGAUGUGAAGAUCUAAUUGCUGAGCAGGAGGAAACUGCACCGAGCUGCCAUGCUAGAGUAGGUGUGUGAUGGAGGCCUACCUCGUGUUUCUGCCCAAUCUACUGCUACCAACCAGCCAGCGCGACCUGCGGGCUGCUGGACGGGGGGGACAGAGCUGCUCCGUGCUCUGCUCUGCUCUGCUCCCUCCUCUCGGGUAUGAAACAAUCAGAAACCUUUGAACGAUCACCUCCUGACAGCGUGGGGAGCUGAGAGGGACUCUGAGGGCUCUCAGCCACGCUCGCAAGCUCUCGUUUCCUGAUGGAAAUCCCUGUAAAGUUGAGGCCGUGCUGGAGGCCGAGCGGCGGCAGCGGAGAAGGGAAGGUUGCCAGGGGACUGUGGCACAUCCACGCAGGCAAAGCACUGCAAAAACCAAUGGUGCUCCCUUCCGAGAGGCUGAGCCCGACCCGUCUGUCAGCUUCACGAGACGAUUUCCCUUCUUAAGCUUAAAAUAAGACCCCCCCCCCCCCCCGACCCCCCCCCAGGAGUGGCUGCCGGGGUGUGCAGCGGUGCAUGCCUGUGUCCCCGUGCUGCUGCUCCCCUCCAGCUCUGUCCGUGCUCUCUGUGCAUGUGCAAACCAGGUGUCCUCGUGGAGCUGUGCUGGUGCUCUCCCCGUCCUCGUGAGCGUUGUCCUCCCCCGGGGGGUUGGGGCUGCUUCCCAUUGAACCCCCCCCCCCCCCCCCCCCCUCCAUGGCCCCGGCUGUAGGAGCUCCCGCCGGGUGCCGCACUGCCCCCCCCCCCCCCCCCCCCCCCCCCCCCUUUUUUUAUAGGAUGAAAAAAACAAAAGGAGGAACUGAUUUCCCUCCUGGGGUUGGGGUUUUUUUUGGGGGUGGGUUUUGGUUUUGGGGGGGGUUUUUUGUGGGGUUUUUUUUUUUGGUAGCAAAGAGAAGCCACGGAGCUGAGCUUGGGGUGGGGGGGGACGUCCUCUUAUAGAGCUCUGCAGCUCAGGGCAGACCUUUAGGGGGCGGAAUUCCCCUCUCGGGGGGUCCCACAGCACAUUGGGAGGGCCCCACACCCCUUGGAGGGAGUUCACAAACCCCUUUGGGGGCCCCACACCCAAUGGCAGGGGGGCCGUACCCCUCUAGAGAGGGGCCCACACCCCAUGGGGGGGGGGGGGGGUUUCACACCCCUCUGGGGGAGGCCUGUACCCCUCUGGGGGUCCCCAUACCCCAUGGAGAGGGUCCCAUGCCCAUCUGGGUUUCCUACACCUCAUUAGGGGGGGUCUCGCACCCCGUGGGGAGGUCCAUACCCUUCUGGGAGUCCCCAUACCCUAUGGAGGGGCUCCCGUACCCCUCUGGGGGUCCCCACACCUCAUUGGGAGGGGUUUCACAGCCCAUGGGGAGGGUCCAUACCCUAUGGAGGGGGUCCCAUACCCCAUUGGGAAGGGUCCCAUCCCCCUCUGGGGGGGGUCCCACACCCCUCUGGGGGUUCCAUACCCCUCUAGGAGUGCCCCUCUCUCCCCCCCCCGUUUAGGGCACCCCCACCCCUAUGAGGCUGCACAGAGUGCUUUGCAGGGCACAGCUUUGCCAAUCCAAUCCAUCUUUUGUAUCCCCCCCCUCAUAUCAAUCCCAUCACCUGGAGUUGGCUGUGUACAGCUGGGGGGGGGGUGGGGGGGGGGGGUCUGCAUGGGUUUUAUUUUCCAUUCGGUGCCGUUUUGGGGAGGGGGGAGGGGGGGGGGUCCAUCUGACUGUUUAGAGCUGAGCAUUGGGGGCGCAGCCCUUGGUGAAGCCAUAGCUUUGAACUGGAGUGGUUCUGAUGGGCCAACCAACCCGAUGCGGCCGGCUCCAUUCGCACUGGAAGUCUGGGUGAGCCCCCCCGUCCGUGCGUCCCCCUGCUGUCCGUCUGUGGCUCUGUGUGAUGGGGGAGGGGGUUCUCUGUGUCCACCCCCCUCCCCCCACUGCUGUCAUUGGGCCCCAAUGUGAUGGAGGGGGGUCCUCUGUGUUUGCCCCCCCCCCCCCCCCCCAUGCCCCCACUGCUGUCAUAGAGGGCCCCCCCCACCACAAUGGGACCCAGUGUCCACCCCCACCCCUUCACUGCUGUCAUUGGGACCCAAUGUGAUGGGGGGGCGGGGGGUCCUCUGUGUUCACCUCACACCCCCCCCACUGCUGUCAUUGGGCCCCAAUGUGAUGGAGGGGGGUCCUCUGUGUUUGCCCCUCCCCCCCCAUGCCCCCACUGCUGUCGUUGGGCUCCAAUGUGAUGGGGGGGGGGGUCCUCUGUGGUCACCCCCCCCCCCCUCCAUGCCCCCACUGCUGUCAUUGGGACCCAAUGUGAUGGGGGGGGUGGGGGGUCCUCUGUGUUCACCUCACACCCCCCCACACUGCUGUCAUUGGGCCCCAAUGUGGUGGUGGGGGGUCUUCGGGGGGGUCUUACAGCUGCUGGGAGCUGAAUGCCAUAGGAAAGCCCCCCCCCUCCUCCUAGCCCUGUGUUGGUACGAUGUGGGUUCACUGCAGCCCCAAUGUGUUUUGGAGGAUGAGCCUCGUGCUGGACUUGGGGUUGGGGUUAUGGGGUCAGGGUUGGGGUUAUGGGGUCAGGGCUGGGAUUGGGGUUAUAGGAUCUGGGUUGGAGUUAGAGGGUCAGAGUUGGAGUUAGAGGCUCAGGGUUAUGGGGUCAUGGUCAGGAUUAUGGGAUCUGGGUUGGGGUUAUAGGGUCAGGGUUGGAGUUAGAGGCUCUGGGUUAUGGGAUCGGGCUUGGAGUCAUGGUCGGGGUUAUGGUGUCAGGGUUGGGGUCAUGGUCAGGGUUAGAGGGUCAGGGUUGAGGUUAGAGGGUCGGGGUUAUGGGGUUGGGGUCAGGGUCAUGGUUGGGGUUAUGGGGUCAGGGUUGGGGUUGGGAUUAUAGGGUCAGGGUUGGGGUCAUGGUCAGAGGUUGGGGUUAUAGGGUCAGGGUCAUGGUGCUAGGGUCAGGGUUAUAGGGUCGAGGUUGGGGUUAUAGGGUUAGGGUCACAAUGAUAGGGUCAGGGUUGUAGGGUCACAGUGAUAGGGUCAGGGUUGGGGUUAUAGGGUCAGGGUUGUAGGGUCACAGUAAUAGGGUCAGGGCUGCUCUGUAAGGACCUUCCAUGCACUGAUCCCCCCCCAUCCCCCUUUCAGCCACGCACCCCCCUCUGCCCCAGCGCAUCCCAAUGGGGCCAUGUAGCAUUCACACACACUGCACUUUGCAGCACAUGGGGGGGGGCUCAGAAAAGGAUGGGGGGGGUCCGGGGGGGCGACGGACUGUACGAUGGCCACUGAGACACUUUACCUCUUCAGUAUGCAACUGUACAUACGGUGUAAGAUAGGAAACCUUUUGGUUUUGUUUAAUAUAAAGAAAGGAAACCCAACCCGAGGCUGUUGGGGUUCUGCUGGA